UGUAGACACGCUUAAAAACACAAGUCCCGUUAUUUUCCAUGAACAGUUACAGAAAAUUACGGGAGAAAUUGAAGUUAUCUGACUUGUCUUUAGCUAGCACACACAGUCACGUGAUACGUCUUGGCAGGCACAGCAGACAUCAUUCCAAGAUGGCGGUCUGUGUCGCUGUCAUCGCUAAAGAGAAUUAUCCUCUGUUCAUCCGAAGUGUACCCGUACAGAAUGAACUGAAGUUCCACUACACAGUGCAUACCUCUCUGGAUGUGGUGGAAGAGAAGAUUUCAGCAGUCGGCAAAGCUAUGGCAGACCAGAGAGAGCUUUACCUUGGGUUGCUGUACCCAACAGAGGACUACAAAGUAUAUGGCUAUGUGACAAACUCCAAGGUGAAGUUUGUCAUUGUCGUGGACUCGUCAAACACGUCUCUGCGGGACAAUGAGAUUAGAAGUAUGUUCAGAAAGCUACAUAACUCAUUUACUGAUGUGAUGUGCAACCCAUUCUAUAAUCCUGGAGACACCAUUCAGUCUAAGGCCUUUGACAGCAUUGUGUCUGCAAUGAUGGUGCAAGCUAGCUGAUAUUGUCCUCCUGAACAUCUGUACAUAAUUUCUUUAACAUCUGUACAUAAUUUCCUGAAACUCUUUACAUGUUGCCUCGUGUAUAACAGUGAAAUAAACUAUGUCCAUCAGAACCUCCAUUUCAAAGAAGCAC